AUUACUGGAAGCCGACGGCAGUUUCGUUUCCGCGAACACUCCGCCUCUUGUGAGUAAACUCUACCAGGAAACACUCGGUUCAGAAGUGAAACAGCCCGUCACACACUUGCUGGACUUAAUGAUAACCUCAGAGGAGCCUCAAAGAGAGAUGUCAGCCAUCAUCAUUGCCUUCCUCCUGACUCUUUCUACACCCACAGUGGUAUUGGGAAUCCUCAGCAGACCCACAAAUGUCAACUUGACCUCCUACAACAUGAACCUGGUGCUAAGUUGGAAUCCAUCUAAAGGGGCAGCCAACAACCUGGUCUACAGAACGGAGUACAAAACUUCAGUCGUCACAAACUACACAACAGGGUGUGUGAACAUCUCCACCCUUGAAUGUGACUUCACUCGCCUCAGCCAUCCCAGCCAUCCAUCCAUCACUGAGAAUGGAAAGUAUACUGGCCGAGUGCGGGCACAAUUGGGGUCAGAGAGUUCUGCCUGGGUGGAAAGUAACCACAUUACCUUGGACAAAGACACCAUCAUUGGUUCACCCAAUGUCUCUCUUGUGUCUAAUGGGGCCGCUAUCGAAGUCAGUAUUAUAGACCCAGUGAUGGUGAUCUCAACCCUCAGAAAUGUUUACAUUUUUGCCACUUACAAAAUCACCUACUGGAAGGACAGCCAGAAACACAAGGCCAAACACAUUAGCAAUAUAAUUCAAAACCGAGUGGUUCUGAAUGACCUGGACCCAUGGACCAAGUACUGUGUUCAAGUCCAAAUCAAAACAGAAAGGAAUCCCAACCCCAGUAAGCCCAGCAGAAUUUUCUGUGAAAGUACCACCAAUGAACAAGAACCUCCUUGGGUGGCAGCAAUUCUGACAUUUGUCUUCAUGGCAAUUGCAGCGGCUCUGGUUGUGAUUGUGGUGGUGUAUCGGAAAAGUAUAUCUCACUUUCUUUGUCCUACAGAUUCACUGCCGCAGCACUUCAAAGAGUAUCUGCUGGCACCACCCAACUCCAACAUCUACUUGGUCAUGCAGAAUUCCCACCCACCGGAGGAGAUCUAUCACAAAGUCAGAAUCAUCGAAGAUGACAGGACUGUGGAGGAAAGAGGUCCUCUGGUGGUAGAAAUGACCGCCAGCAACAAACAGUCUGAUGUAACAAUGUGUGGGAGACACAAGGGAGAAACUAUCAGCAGGGGGGACUUUAAAGCCACUGAGAAACAGUGAAAUAUCCUGCCCUUGCUUCACUUCAGAGUUAUAAUACAAACAACCCUGCUACAACCUCAUAUUAUUCCUCAACCCAGGUGUUACUGUGAAUGAUUGUAUAAAAGAGUCACAGAGACAUACAGGAGUGAUAGAGUGAUCAUGCAGGUGGUGGUAUUUGUGCACUAAUAUUGCUCACAGCGCAGAGGUGUUGUAGUAUGCCCCAUUUCAGUCUCCCACACUGAAAUAUUUAUUCAUUAUUCCUGAAUCGGUAUUAGUCCUAGGUCGAAUCAAAAGUUUUUAAUUCCUUAGCAAAUAAGCAUGCUCCCUUUAAAAAGCAGAUCUUACCCCUGGUUUUCACCAGAAAUCUCUGCGUUGCUGAAGUUAAAGCAUUUGGGUAAAAGCACAGAGCUCAAAGACCCCAACGGAUUGGCAAAAUGUCCAACAGUUGAGAAAUAAAUGUGUCAGCGCAACAAGAAAUGCCUGUACCCUUUAGUUUAUAGUUUAUAAUCUAAUACUUGGAACACACAGAAGAUCUCUGCCCGAGGAUCUUAAUGUACAGUACAUGACGGCUCAUAAAAUACUGAAAGAUCUGAUAUGUAGCUUGGAGAAAGGCCAUGGAGAGAGAAAAAAAUCAAACAUAGAGACCCUAGAACAGGAGUAAUGUGGUCAUGUGUUUUGGUUCUGGUUAAAAGCCUGGCAGAUGAGUUCUGUGGAGUCUGGAGUUGAUUAAUAGAUGUUUGGGUUAGGGAAGUAAAAAGGCUGCUACAAUAGUCAAGGUGUAAUGUAAUAAAAGCAUAUAAAAUACUUUCUGUGUCUUUAAAAGUUAAAGUUUCAAAAUAAUAUUGAAAUAUUUCAGAGAUGAUAAAAACAUGAUGUAUCAGCUGUGUUAGCGUUAAAAGUUAAAUUGCUGUCAACCAAUACGCCAAGUUUCUUUGAAGCAGGGUUGAUAUGAUCCAAUAAAAGACCAGCAGAUGGCAGUAUUUACCUGGGCAUGUGCUCAGCUCCAAUUCAGAGCUACAGUAAGAAAACAGUAAACAAAUCGCUCUUUCGCAGUAUCCCGCGGGCGGCCCUUCAGCCCCUCUGCAGUGGCUCCCUGUGCAGUGUCGUGCAUGUCGCGCAUAUUUUUCCCGAACGGAAAGCGCACACACUCAUGCCCCGGGGCUCCGGCCCCCGCCCCACUCACUCGCUCAGAGACACACACAGUGAGAUCAGAGCUCGUUCACGUGAAGCAGCCUGUCAAAUAAACAUCUAGGGUUGUGCUGGUUGGUAGAUAUCAGUUCAGAAAAAUAGUAUGUGCCUUAACCAUAUUGUUGUGUUGUAAUAAAAAUUCCUUUGUGAUAUUGUAA